AUGGUGGGAAUAUCAAAAGUUUGGAUGUGCUGGAUGCCAUGGGCACUGGGGGGUGAUGGGUGGACACACCAGCAGCCCUGUCCCAUCAACCACUGUGCCUGCCAGGUGCCCUUCUCAGUGGUGUUGUGCCAACACCUGCCCGGGGGCACAGACUGUGAGCAGCUGGUGGGCUCCUCAGCAGUGUACCGGGUCUGUUUUGGCACUGCCUGCUUCCACCUGGCACAGGCUGCCCUGCUGCUCAACGUGCGCUCCAGCUCUGACUGCCGUGCGCAGCUCCACAAUGGGUUCUGGGUCCUGAAGCUGCUGGUGCUGGUGGGCCUCUGGGCCGCAAGCUUCUUCAUCCCUGAGGACAACUUCAUCCAAGCCUGGCACUACACGGGUGUCUGUGGGGGCUUCGCCUUCAUCCUCAUCCAGCUGGUGCUGAUCACAGCCUUUGCACACACCUGGAACAAGAACUGGCUGACAGGCGCUGCACAGGACAAGCGCUGGUAUCUGGCCGUGCUGUUGGCCACGGCUGCCUUCUACACCCUUGCCUCUGCCGCCUUCUCCUUCCUCUACAAGUUCUACACCCACCCAGCUGCCUGCCACCUCAACAAAGCACUGCUUGCCAUCAAUGGCAGCCUCUGUGGCAUCAUGUCCUUCAUCUCCAUCACGCCGUGUGUGCGGCUCAAGCAGCCGCGGUCAGGGCUGCUGCAGUCCUCAAUAAUCAGCUGCUACGUGAUGUACCUCACCUUCUCUGCGCUGUCCAGCCGCCCUCCAGAGAAAGUGCUGUACCAGGGGCAGAACCUCACUGUCUGCUUCCCGGGCGUCCGGCAGGAUGAGCUGCAGACAGAGGACACCACCGUGGCUGUGCUGGGCGCUGCUAUCAUGUAUGCCUGCGUGCUCUUUGCAUGCAAUGAAGCCUCAUACCUCGCUGAGGUCUUUGGGCCCCUCUGGAUGGUCAAAGUCUACAGCUUUGAGUUUAAAAAACCUUCCUGUUGUUUCUGCUGCCCUGAGAAGAUGGAGGAGGAGCUGAGAGGUGAGUGCAGUGUCUGUGUGCAGGGAUGGGACAGUGGGCAGAGCCUGUGUCCCAGCCUGGGAGUGCCAUGCCCCCACACUCCCCCAGGCACUGACCAGACGUGUGAGCAAGUAGAGGAGAGUGCCAGGGGACAGUUCAUCAUCCAGGAUGAGCAGGACCGGGUGGUCUACAGCUACUCAGCUUUCCACUUUGUCUUCUUCCUUGCUUCGCUCUAUGUUAUGAUGACACUCACUAACUGGUUCAGCUAUGAGAAUGCAGUGCUGGAGACCACCUUCACACAUGGCAGCUGGUCAGCCUUCUGGGUGAAGGUGUCCUCGUGCUGGGCUUGUGUCCUGCUCUACCUGUGGCUGCUGCUGAGCCCCUUCUGCCUCCAUGGCUCCCCACAGCACCGACACAGCAGUACAGGGCCACGCAUGGUGCGGCGCCGACGCACUCCACAGCGCAUCAACGUCUCCACAUAG